GUAUUUUUUGACUGAGUUGUGUGAGGACAGAUCCCAUUCUGAAGAAGCUGGCGAUUUCACUUUCUCAUUUUCUUUCUUCCAGAAUGGGUUCUGGGUGGGUUCCCUGGCUGGUGGCUCUGUUAGUGAAUCUAAUCAGGCUUGAUUCCUCCAUGACUCAAGGCAGAGACUCUCCAGAAGAUUUUGUGAUUCAGGCUAAGGCUGACUGUUACUUCACCAAUGGGACAGAAAAGGUGCAGUUUGUGGUCAGAUUCAUCUUUAACCUGGAGGAGUAUGCACGUUUCGACAGCGAUCUGGGAAUAUUUGUGGCACUGACAGAGCUGGGGAAGCCUGACGCUGAGCGGUGGAACAACCGGCCGGAUAUACUGGAGAGGAGUAGAGCUUCUGUGGAUGCGCUCUGCAGACACAACUACAAGUUGGGUGCACCCUUCACUGUUGGGAGAAAAGUGCAACCAGAGGUGACAGUGUAUCCGGAGACGACCCCAUUCUUGCAGCACCACAAUCUGCUACUCUGCUCUGUGACAGGUUUCUAUCCAGGGGACAUCAAGAUCAAGUGGUUCCGGAAUGGGCUGGAGGAGAGAGCAGGGGUCAUGUCCACUGGCCUUAUUAGGAAUGGAGACUGGACCUUUCAGACAAUGGUGAUGUUGGAAAUGACUCCUGAACUUGGAGAUGUCUACACCUGCCUUGUUGACCAUCCCAGCCUGCUGAGCCCUGUUUCUGUAGAGUGGAGAGCUCAGUCUGAAUAUUCUUGGAGGAAGAUGCUGAGUGGAGUUGCAGCCUUCUUGCUUGGGCUAAUCUUCCUCCUGGUGGGGAUCUUCAUCCACCUCAGGGCUCGGAAAGGUCUCCCACCACAGACAUACUAAGGUCCUAACUGAAGCUUCUGCGCCUGGAGCCUGAAGUAGUACCAAGUGGCGUAGGCCCCAGACUAAGUAAAGGACAUUCAUGAAGUCAAUGUUGUGGAGUGACUCUUUUUCCAGGAGGCCUCAGAGGAGUCCUGAACUUAUUCUAGAGUUUGUGUUCUGAGAUCAUGCAUCUGUCACCCUAUGCCCUUGUUCCUUCUACUUGUCUGUGUCAUUAGUCCCCAUUUGCAAGAACAGUGUCUAGAAAUUCCACAAAGACCUGACUCCUUUCAGCCCUGAACAGUUUACUUUUCUAUGGUCCAGCCAGCAUCGUAAGUAUUUAUUCUGUCUCUCUCUCUUCCAUCUGUAGUUUCCACAGUCUUCAGAAGACAAAUGCUCAGAUAGUCACUGUUUCCUUUUCAUCAUUUUUGAAAACCUUUUUCAUUGCAAAAUAAAACUGAGAUACACUUCA